AUGGCUGCAAAGAGUGUCCACGACUAUCCUAACGAGCCCAUAGCUAUUGUCGGUAGCGCUUGUCGCUUUCCGGGCGAUUCAUCAUCGCCGUCUCAGCUGUGGGAUCUGCUCCGUGAGCCGCGAGAUGUUUUGCAGGAGAUUCCAGAUAGCCGCUUCAAUCCGGAUGGCUUUUAUCAUGAGGAUCCUUUGCACCAUGGCACCUCAAAUGUUCGGCAUGCAUAUCUUCUUAACGAAGAUGUUGGGCUAUUCGAUGCACAGUUCUUUGGCAUCAAACCCGUUGAGGCCAACUCGGUAGACCCGCAGCAGCGAAUUCUCCUGGAAGUCGUGUACGAAGGUUUGGAAAGAGCUGGUCUGAAGCUUGAGAGUCUGCAGGGCUCCAAGACCGGUGUCUUCGUCGGUGUCAUGAGUGCAGACUACAUGGAACUCCUCGCACGCGACAUUGACGCAUUUCCAACCUACUUCGCCUCCGGCACGGCUCGAAGUAUCCUGUCCAACCGUAUUUCUUACUUUUUCGAUUGGCAUGGGCCGUCUAUGACCAUCGACACGGCCUGUUCGUCGAGUCUUUUUGCUCUACAUUUAGCCGUCCAAAGCCUUCGUGCUGGAGAAUCCCCUGCUGCCGUCGUGGCCGGGGCUAACUUGGCCUUGAGCCCUGAACAGUUCGUUGCCGAGAGUAAACUCAAGAUGCUUUCGCCAGACGGGAGAUCGCGCAUGUGGGAUAAGGAUGCCAACGGGUAUGCGCGAGGAGAUGGGGUUGCCGCCUUGGUGUUGAAGACCUUGAGUGCAGCCUUGGCAGAUGGAGAUGCAAUUCAAUGUAUUAUCCGGGAGACGGGGAUUAAUCAGGAUGGCCGCACCAAGGGAAUCACCAUGCCUAGUCCUACCGCCCAGGCCGAUCUCAUCUGGUCCACGUAUAAGAAGGCCGGGCUUGAUUUAUCGAGACCUGCCGACAGACCUCAAUAUUUCGAAGCCCAUGGCACUGGUACACCUGCUGGUGACCCAGUGGAAGCGGAAGCCAUCCGAACUGCUUUCUUCGGACCGAGCGUGGGAUUCAAGCGGUCUGCUUCGGAGCCACCGCUAUACGUCGGCUCGAUAAAGACGGUUAUCGGACAUACAGAGGGAACGGCUGGCGUUGCUGGUAUUAUCAAAGGUGCCCUUGCACUUCAAAAUGGCAUCGUUCCACCGAACCUGCUUCUGAAUGAGCUAAACCCAAACGUCGCCCCAUUCUAUAAGGAUCUCGAGAUUCCUAAGCGGGCCACAGAAUGGCCUACCCUCCUCCCAGACGUUGUGCGCCGCGUGAGCAUCAACAGCUUCGGUUUCGGAGGCGCAAACGCCCACGCUAUUCUGGAGGAGUAUAAGCCGGAAUCCAUUCCCCACCCUGUCGUUCCUCCCCAGGAUACCCAUCUCAGUCCGUUCAACUUCUCCGCUUCUUCAGAGAAGGCGCUUACCGGGAUCCUUUCGGCAUACUCGUCCUAUCUCCGCGCAAAUCCAUUGACCAACUUGCGGGAUCUUGCCUGGACCCUGAAUUGUCGCCGCUCCGUUCUUCCCCUCCGACUGACAGUCGCGGCAUCAAAUGUCGAUACCCUCUCUACAAAGCUUGGUAGUUUAGCCGAGUCACUUUCUGGUGUGGUCGCCGCGAGCAACAGAGCUCCCCUUAGUUCGACAAAUCCGAAACUUCUUGGUAUCUUCACGGGACAAGGUGCACAAUGGGCAUCGAUGGGAGCGAAACUGUUGGCUACAUCAAAGCUGGCAUCAGAUCGCAUUUCACAGUUACAACAGUCACUCGACAGUCUCCCUAGGGAACACGUUCCAUCGUGGAGACUUUUGGAAGAGCUUUCUAAGGACAAAGCCAACUCUCGCAUCUCGGAAGCAACUUUCUCGCAACCUCUGUGCACGGCUGUCCAGAUCAUUAUCGUUGAUCACUUAAAAGCUGCUGGUGUUCAUCUUGCGGCGGUGGUGGGCCAUUCGUCUGGUGAAAUUGCAGCCGCUUAUGCCGCCGGCUACAUCUCUGCACAGGACGCAAUUCGGAUCGCCUACUAUCGCGGGUACUUCCUCCAUCUGUCUGAAGGGCCUGAGGGCUCUGGAGGCGGUGCAAUGAUGGCCGUAGGCAUGACUUACCAGGACGCUCAAGAGCUCUGCGAGCUAGAAGAGCUCGAGGGCCGAAUCUGCAUUGCCGCAAGCAAUUCUCCCGAGAGUCUGACCCUGUCCGGGGACGCUCACGCCAUUGACCUCGCGCGGCAAAUUCUCGAGGACGAAAAGAAAUUCGCCAGGCUCCUGAAGGUGGAUAAAGCAUACCACUCCCAUCAUAUGCUUCCUUGUGCUCGCCCCUACAUUGAAGCGCUCAUCGAUGCUGGGGUCAAGGUCCAGCCCAGGGAGCUUAACGGUGAGUACCCGUCAUGGAUCUCUAGCGUCUACGGUGAGGAUAUUGAGAGCGUCGGCCUCGAUACCCUGUCCGCGGAGUACUGGAGCAGAAAUAUGGUCAACCAAGUCCUUUUUUCGCAGGCUCUUGAGCAUGCAAUCAGCGCAAAGGGACCCUUCUCGCUGGCAAUUGAAGUGGGACCACAUCCAGCGCUCAAGAGCCCUGCCUUGCAGACAUUUGUAGCUGUCGCCGGUGGCGAGGUUCCUUACGUAGGGACUCUCCGUCGCGGAGCGCACGAUGGUGAAGCCCUUGCCGAGGGGCUUGGUUCCAUCUGGCAGUACCUAGGCGCAGAGGCUAUUAAUUUCUCCGCAUUCGACCGUCAAUUGCAUGGUGGGGGGUCCCCAGAACAUCGGCCCAAGCUUCUGCUAGAUCUUCCGUCCUACGUCUGGGAACAUGAUCGGGUAUACUGGCACGAGUCGCGGUACUCCAGAAGUUUCCGCACCAAUGCUCAGCGACCGCACCAGCUCCUCGGAACAAGACUUCCAGAUGGUACGGAGAACGAAAUCCGCUGGAAAAAUUAUCUUCACCCGAGAGAGCUACCCUGGUUGGUCCAUCAUCAAGUCGAUAGACAGAUCGUGUUUCCAGCUGCGGGCUAUCUAUCAGCCGUGGUAGAAGCAGUGGUUCAAAUAUACGGCCUCGGCUCGAUACAGGUUAUUGACCUCUACAAAGUGGUGAUUGGCCAAGCGCUUGUCCUGGAGGAAAAUUCAAGUGUUGAGACUCUUUUCAGCUUCCGGGUGAUUGAGGCGUCUGACAUUCACGUCGAGGCCGUCUUCUCCUUCUUUUCUGCGUCCACUAAAGACUCAAUCAGCAUGUCAAAGAACGCAUCGGGAAAUCUGCGAAUUACACUCGGGGCUCCAUCGCCAGACGCGCUGCCAAGCCCUUACAAGUCUGAACGCGAGUUUCUGGAAGUUGAUCCCCAGCGUUUCUACAAUACGGUUCGUGACGUCGGACUAGGCUACACCGGUCCGUUUCAAAAGAUUAUCGAGGCCCAGAGAAGAUCGGGCGAGUCUUCGGGCAUCAUUCAAACUCCAGAUGCAGAAGACGAAGGCAGCGCUGCUGCACUGAUCAUCCACCCCGGCACCCUUGACUGCGCCAUCCAAUCAAUCAUCUUGGCAUACAGCUUCCCUGGGGAUGGGAGGAUGCGUUCCAUAUACCUUCCCACAAGUAUCGACCGCCUACGAAUUGACCCGGCGGGUAUUGUCCACCACAAAGGGUCGUCAGCGAGCUCGCACUUGGGAUUCUUUGCGUCCAUCACAUCGAACAGACCCACGGACCUCUCGGGAGACGUUGAGAUCCAUUCCCAAGAUGGUAGUACCACGCUAGUCCAGCUUCAGGGCCUUCGGACCACCCCCUUGACUCCUGCAGUUCCAUCAAAUGACCUUCAGCUCUUCUUCAAGACAUCGUGGCAAGUGGAUGCGCCAACGGGGAAUCCAGGUUUAUGGGAAGGGGGUGAAAACUCCUACGAUUAUGAUCUUGCUUUCGCCCAGGAAAGAGUUGCCUAUUAUUACAUCAGGCUCUUGAAUGAAGCCAUCCCGCCAUCCAAGAGGUCUGACCUUGAGUGGUAUCACAAAGUUUUCUAUGAGUAUAUCGACCACACCUUGGCCUGGGUAAACAAGGGAACUCAUCCCUUUGCAAAGCCAGAGUGGAGUAAAGACACUCAAUAUGAUCUUCUUAAGAUUUUUGAGCGAUUCCCUGACAGCAUUGAUCUACGUAUCAUGCGAGCCGUCGGCACCAAUCUAGUGUCCGCCAUGCAGAAGGAGAUGAACAUCCUCGAGGCGAUGAUGAAGGACAACAUGCUCAAUGACUUCUACGCCACCUCUCUUGGCAUGCGAGAAUACCUGCAGGACCUGGCUCGCAUGGUGGGCCAGCUGAGCCAUCGUUAUCCACACAUGAACGUUUUGGAGAUUGGUGCCGGCACUGGUGGCGCUACGGAUAUGAUUUUCCAACAGCUCCAAGGAUCCUUCGCCUCAUAUACAUACACCGACAUCUCCAGCGGUUUCUUUGAAAACGCCCAAGUUAAAUUCGAUAGACACCGUGGAAAGAUGUCGUUCAAGGUCCUUGACAUAGAAAAGGACAUCAUGGAACAGGGCUACGCACCGCACUCAUUCGACCUCAUUAUCGCCUCACUGGUCCUCCACGCGACGCGAGAUCUUGACGAGACCAUGCACAACGUCCGCAAGCUUCUCAAGCCAGGUGGGCGUUUGAUCAUGCUCGAGAUCACCGACAACGACCCCAUUCGUUUCGGCUUUAUCUUCGGGGGCCUUCCUGGCUGGUGGCUUGGCUACGACCAGGGAAGGAAGCUCUCUCCCUGCGUCGGCAUUGAGGAGUGGGAAGCCCUCAUGUUAAAGACUGGCUUCUCCACAAUCGAGGCAAUCACGUCUCACAAUAAAACGUUCCCGUUGCCCCUUUCGGUGAUCGCCACGAAAGCCAUAGAUGACCGUGUCGCCUUCCUUCAAAAUCCACUCGUUUCCGGUGCGGAGGUAAAUCUAGGGCUCGACUCCCUCGUCAUUCUAGGAGGCUCCACGAGCAAGACGGCCGAGGUAGCCUCAGCAAUUGAAUCUGCGGUGAUCCGUCAAUACAAGAGCAAACCUAAACGAGUUCUCUACUUGGAGGAUAUAUCCCAGCAGGACCUGCCAUUCCUCGGGAGCCUAGUAAGCCUUUUGGACUUGGAAGAAGAGUCCACCUUUGAGCAAAUGACACCUGGGAAGCUUUCCGCUUUGCAAGAGAUCUUCAAGCAGAAUAGGACAGUGUUAUGGGUGACACGUGGGGCCCUCGGCGGCAGCCCUUACCGAAACAUGUACAGAGGCCUGCAGCGAACAAUGGAGAAGGAGCUAAAGCAUCUGAGGGUUCAGAUGCUCGACUUUGCUUCGGAUGCUGACGUUGAUGGUGAAACCAUUGCCUCGAAACUCCUACAGCUGGAAGCCGUCAACGCAUGGGAGCAAAGCGACGACACAGCCAAUCUCCUCUGGUACCCAGAGAACGAAGUUUUGGUCCAGAACGCUCAGACUCUAGUGCCACGGAUUCGCCUGGAUUUGGAAAGAAACCGGCGGUACAACUCUGGGAGACGCCUCAUUACCCAAGAGGUGAGACUCGGCCAGACAGUCGUCACUGUGCGACAUUCGGGGUCGAACUUCGUCAUCGAGCAGAGGAGUGAUACGCAAACAACCGCAGCCCGACCAGGUUAUGUAGACGUUUGCCCCGAGUACUCCCUUCUUAAGACAGUCAAACUGCCGAGCGGAGGGUUCCUCUACCUAUCAACCGGCCACGACGUCAUGACCGAGGAACAGGUUAUCGCCCUAUCUGUAGCCCUGGAAUCUCGGAUCCGAACCCCCGAAAGUUGGGUUCUUCGGCUCAAUUCCGAAUCUGAAGAAGAGUCUAAGCGAGUAUUACUGGGGCUUUACCUUCAACUUUUGACGGAAAACAUCCUUUGGGGUGUCAAGCCUGGAGAGUCGGUGGCGAUCUUGAACCCUUGCCAUUCUCUGGGCAACGUCCUCACACAGAAUAGUGCGGAGAGGGGGGUUAAUCUUAUCUUACUGACCGACGCCGCUGCUGGUAGAGAGAUAACAGCUCGGCCUUGGACUUCAAUCCACCCUCGAGCCACCAAGCAUGCCCUCGGAAGGGUGAUACCAAGAAACUUGAGACGCUUUAUCCAUACCAACGACAACAGCGAGCUUAUCAGCGCAAUCAUACACGCCUUGCCCCCGAAGUGUGAAAUAGUGAAUCAACAGGGCUUCACAAGCCUGGAAGCGAGUGUUGGCCUCACGUACUCGGCCGUUUCCGCCGUGUCUGGCCAUCUGAAAGUGGCAUGGACGCGAUCCGUUCUGGAGGUUACCGUGCCGGAAUCGCACCCCUUGGUCGGUAUUUCCCAGUUAGCCCAGCUUCAUGUCCCGUCAAGCGCUACGAAACAGACUUUCCUGUCCUGGUCAUCGUUGCCAUCCGCCCCAGUACAGCUUCGGCCUGCCACGGAUGUGGUACACUUCGCCAAAGACAAGACGUACUGGAUGGUUGGACUCACAGGGAGCUUAGGCUUGUCUCUGUGCGAGUGGAUGGCCCAGCGUGGCGCGAAAUACAUUGCGCUCUCGAGUAGAAAUCCGCGUGUUGAUGAUGGGUGGAAGCAGGCAAUGGCGGAUCUUGGCUGCACUGUCCGAGUCUUUGCCAACGAUGUAACCAACCGCGACGAAGUUUUUGCCCUUCAUAAACGAAUAUCCGAGACCCUUCCUCCGAUUGCGGGUGUAGCUCAGGGUGCUAUGGUCCUAGAUGACGCGCUGUUCCCCGAUGUCGACAUUGAACGGUUCCACAAAAUCACGAAGCCCAAGGUGAAUGGCAGCAUCUAUCUAGACGAGCUGUUCUCCAGCGAUCAACUCGAAUUCUUCGUCUUUUUUUCAUCGGUAGCUUACGUCACUGGAAAUGCUGGUCAAAGCAUUUACGGCGCAGCGAGCGCCUUCAUGGCGAGUCUCGCCACACAGAGGCGUCGAAGGGGCCUGGCCGCUUCCGUCAUCAACAUCGGUGCCAUCCUCGGAACCGGCUACGUUUCCAGGGAGCUUUCGCUACAGCAGCAGGAGUAUCUGCGUAAGGUCGGUCUCGUAUGGAUGUCGGAGCAAGAUGCUCAUGAAAUAUUUGCCGAGGGUAUCCUCGCCAGCAGGGUGGACUCACCAGACAGCCACGAGUUCGAGACGGGCCUUCGGACUGACGAAGGCCGAUCUCGCGAUAUCGUUAGUGAGCCACCCAUGCUACAGCAUCUCGGCAUCAAGGGCAAUGCUGCUUCCUCAGGUGGAGGUAUUCAAACGAAGCAAAAUGUCCAGACAAGAGCCCGACUGCUCGAGGCGACUUCACGCGAACAAGUAUUUGAGAUCCUAAAAGAGGGUUUCCUACUCAAGCUACAGGCAGCUCUCCAAGCGGAUCCAAAUAAACCAAUGUUGGACUUAAGUUUGGACGAGAUCGGCGCGGAUUCCUUGGUCGCCGUUGAUAUCCGCUCUUGGUUCCUCAAGGAAUCGGGAGUGGAUGUGCCAGUCCUCAAGAUCCUGAAUUCAUCCUCUGUCCGGGAACUCCUACUUUUCGCACAUGACUCUGUUCCCAAGGAUGUGACUCCGAACGUGCUUGGAGACUCUGAUAACUCUCUCAAGCCGGCAGUAGUGUCAGCCGGCGUGGCCGAGGCGGAGGAUUUCCUACAGCCGAAUCACAAAUCAACAUCGGACUCGGAUGGGGCCCCUCAAUCUUCAUCUCAAUCAGAUACCAGAGACUCAGAGGAAGGGGAGAUCACACCCAGAAGCUCAGAGGUGCCAUCGGAGGCUGACCGAGAUGACUUUCCGAAGCCGACGAACCCUCAAGAGCUCACAAUCCCCGGUUUCAUUGGAAAUGAGAAAGUCACCCCUGAGAGAAUCGUCCCAAUGUCCUUUGGUCAGUCGAGAUUCUGGUUUUUGAAACACUACGUUCAGGACCAGACGGCCUUUAAUAUCACGACAGUGAUUAAAUUACAAGGUCGUUUGCGCGUUGAUGCACUGGAGGGAGCAUUACGUGCCGUUGGCCAACGCCACGAGGCCCUUCGUACCCUCUUCUUUGUCGACCAGAAGACCAAGGAACCUAAACAGGCAAUACUGCCCACGUCUCUCUUACGGCUCGAAAAAGUCGCCAUUUCCGACGAAGGAGAAUUAGCCAAGGCGGUCUUGGAAGCAAAACAGCAUAUCUUCGACAUUGAGCGUGGUGAAGCUCUGCGGAUCCAACUGCUAUCUCUUUCGCCCACGGCUCACUGGAUCGUGCUUGGCUAUCACCAUAUCUACAUGGACGGAAUUGGAUACGUCGUGUUCAUCUCUGACUGGGAAAGGGCAUACAACGGGGUUCUUAAUACACAGCCUUCCGAUAUCCUACAGUACCCAGACUUUUCGCUGAGGCAGAUCCGAGAGUAUCAAACGGGCACAUGGUCCGACGAGCUCUCGUUCUGGCGAAGCCAGUUCCCGGACCUUCCCAACGCACUUCCGUUAUUGCCUGUCAGUCGAUUGUCCACCCGGCCGAUCUCGUCUGGAUUUGGCUCCUACUCUGCUAGCUUCAGGAUCGACCGAAACCUUACCGAGAGAAUUAGUCAGGUCUGCCGCCAGUUCAAGGUGACAUCCUUCCACCUACAUCUCGCAGUCUUCCAUAUUCUUCUCUACCGCUACGCUUCCCUGAUCGAUGACAUGUGUAUCGGCAUAGCCGAUGGAAAUCGCAAGGACGCCGAUGUUCAAGGUAGUCUAGGAAUAUUCCUGGAUCUCCUUCCCAUCCGUCUCCGUCGUUCCCCUCAGGAUACCUUUGCAAAUACCCUCAAGGACGUGCGGAAGACCACACUCGCCGCCUUUGGGAACUCACGCGUUCCGUUCGAUGUGCUUCUGAAUGAGCUAAAUGUACCCAGAGUCCCGUCACAUAGUCCUUUGUUCCAAGCUUUCGUGAACUAUCGGCAAAACCAUCAAGAGUCGCGCUCCUUGUUUGGAUGCGAUGGCGAGCUUGAUAUUAUCGCUACCGGCCAAACAGACUACGACGUCAGCGUUGAUAUCUUGGAUCUGAGUGCCGAAGGAGGCGAGAGCGUUGUAUCCUUGGGGGUUCAGAAGGAUCUCUACGACCAACAUGCUGCAGAAGUUCUGGCCGAGAGUUACCACGCCCUCCUCCGUCAAUUUACCAACAACCCUGCAGCUAGGGUUACCUGGGUUACUCUCUAUUCUAAUGAGAGCGUUAAAGAUGCACUUCAGCUCGGUCGAGGCACUGAAGCACCCGGAAAAUACCCUACCAUUGUCCAUCGGAUCGACGCCAUGGUCGAGAAAUACCCGAACCAGACGGCCGUGAAAGACGCUUACGGGAAAGUAUUCACCUAUCACGAGCUCGCCGGUCGAGUCGACAGCAUCGCACAGAAUCUCCUCAGACUCGGGAUCGGAAACACAUCCAACGUGGGUGUGUUCCAGACCCGCAGUGCGGAAUGGAUCUUCUCUCUCCUUGCCAUCUUACGUGUCGGCGCCGCCUACGUAGCGAUGGAUGUAAACGUGGGCCCGGAUAGACUAUCCCUUAUCGUGGACAACUGCAAGCCAGCAGCCAUCCUUGUGGACUCGGACACAGAGAGCGAUGCGUUCGUUAUUGCUACUCAGUCGCAGCGCCCGUCUACUUCUCCUUCUACCUCGGAAGUCCGUAUUCCCAUCAUUAACAUCACAGACCCGCAACCCUCAAAUGAAGUCGGUACUGCCCCGAACAGCGCCAGGCCGGCAGACGCAGCCGUUAUCAUUUACUCCAGCGGCUCAACUGGUGUGCCAAAGGGAGUUGUCCUCUCGCACUCCAACAUCGCGAAUUACGCAGACGUUGUGCCACCCACCUGGGGCGGUGUUCGGGAGGGUCACGAGAUCUUUUUGAACCAGGCCUCCUACUCCUUCGAUGUCUCUCUACAGCAAACAAUCGUGGCUCUUGGUAUUGGAAGUACCGUCGUCGUUGUCGGAAACCAAGCGCGCGGCGAUCCAGCAGCCCUGUUGAAGCUAAUAAUCGCCGAGAACAUCACCGUCACGGGGGCCACGCCGACGGAGUAUCUGACAUGGGCACGACACUGGGAUGUGGACCUCCUCCGCAAGUCUCAGUGGCGUCAUGCCUUCACCUGGGGAGAGCCCAUCACAAAACAACAGGUCCGAGACCUGCAGCUUCUCGGUCUUCCUAACCUCAAUGUCAUCGACGCCUAUGGGCCUGCCGAAGCGACCAUUACCAGCGCACAUGGACGCGUCAACUUAGAGCACAUUAAGCUCGAGAGCACAACCAGGAGUCCAAAUGUCCCCUUGACCAUCACGCCUAACGGUUCCGUUUACAUUGUGGAUGAGAGCUUGAACCCUGUGCCGCCUGGAGUCUUGGGCGAAAUUGUUCUCGGUGGCGCAGCCGUCGCAAAAGGUUAUCUAAACGACGAGUCACUAACAUCAGAGAGGUUUAUCCAAGACAAAUUCGCCAGCCCUUAUUUCAAGUCUAAAGGCUGGACUACUGCGCAUCGCACUGGCGAUCGCGGAUUCUUGACGGCGGAUGGCGGGCUUGUGUUGCAAGGUAGAAUUGAAGGCAGCACACAAGUCAAGUUGGCAGGUAUACGUGUUGACGUCCAGGAUGUAGAGGCAACGAUCAUCCAAGCAGUCCCAGAUGUCAGCCAGGUCGUGGUAUCGGUCCGCAGGGGCGCAGAAUCUGAUAGCGCUCCUUUCCUCGUUGCUUUCGUUAUACUCUCCAACAAUGCUGCCGGGCUCCCCGCAGACGAAAAGACACGCUUCCUAGAGGACCUACCGCGAAAUCUGCCCCUACCACAGUACUUGAAGCCCGCUGUGGUCGUCUCCGUCGACCACCUUCCGACUAACAGCUCUCAUAAGCUGGACCGCCGUUUGAUUGAUGGAUGGCCACUGCCGACUGAAGGAGCACAAGCCACAAAUCCUAGCGGCGACGAAUCUUCCACUCUUACGGAAUUUGAGCAAACGCUUCGCCAGCUCUGGGGGGACGCACUCCCUGACGGCCUCGCCCAACAUCGCUCUAUCGGUGGCUCCUCUGACUUCUUCCACAUCGGCGGCAGCUCUCUCUCUUUGAUCAAUCUUCAGGGCCUUAUCAAGGAGAGACUCAAUUUUCCCAUUUCCCUUUACAAACUUUUCCAGAACAGUACCUUGAGCAGCAUGGCGGCUUCACUUCGAAAUGAGAGGACAGUCAUCGAUGAACUAACUGCAGUCGACUGGGAGCUUGAAACCACGUUGCCACUUGACAUUGUUCGGCAAGACAGUGAAGAAACAGAGUACACAGGAACAGUGUUGCCAGUCAGAAAUGUCGCCCUUACCGGAUCUACGGGGUUCAUCGGAAAAGAAAUCCUUCGGCGUCUUAUAGCGGAUGACCGCAUCUCCAAAGUGUACUGCCUCGCAGUGCGGAAGAAGAGAUCAGACCUGCCGCCCAGCCUCUUCGGUCACGAAAAAGUAGUGGUAUAUUCUGGUGAUCUCGGCGCACCGCGACUCGGCUUAUCCGAAACGGAAGUUGCGGCUGUUUUUGGUACCCAAGGAGUUGCUGCCGAUGCGGUGAUUCACGCAGGCGCGGACGUCUCGUUUCUGAAAACUUACCAUUCCCUACGACUUGUCAACGUCGCUUCAACCCGCGAACUAAUCCGGCUCGCUGCUCCACGCCGGCUCCCUCUACAUUUCAUCUCUUCAGCUACAGUGGCCCGACUCGCACUUCAAGCGGGACGUACGAGCUUCGGGCGAGAGUCUAUCGCGAACUAUCCCCCCAAUGCAACACGCGCGGCUGUAGAAGACGGUUACGUGGCAGCCAAAUGGACAAGCGAGGUCCUCGUCGAGAACGCGGCCAAACAACUCGGUCUUCCUGUCUUCAUUCACCGACCGACUAGCGUCACCGGCGAGGAUGCUAGCGAUCUUGACCUUAUGAGCAACAUCACGAAGUAUGUGCAAAAGACCAGAACCAUCCCGGAUACGCAUGAGUGGAACGGGGGCUUCGAUUUCGUAUCCGUGCAGACAGUCGGCCAGGACAUCGUGCGUGAGGUCUUGGACAACGAUCAGGUCGGCGGUGAGGUGCGGUAUGUGUUCCAGGCGGGCGAGAACGUGGUUGACAGCCACAAGAUGCAAUCUAUCCUGGAGCUUGGAACGGGGACUUCGUUCGAGGUUUUGCCGUUUGACCAGUGGGUUGAUGGCGCGGAACAGGCCGGACUGAGUCAUCUGUUGGCCCUCUACUUGAGAAGGGCCGCCAAGGGACAGUUGUUAAUUCCGAAGCUGUUAAACGAAUAG